AUGUCGCCGAGCAUGAGGGACGUUCAGAUGACGGCGACGAACGGAAAUUCGUCGGAGGAGGAUUUCGGCGACUGUGAGGAGGUACGGCUACUGGAUUCUUACGACGAGGAGAAUUCCGGGGAGAAUUUGAGGAGAAUUCAGGUUAGAGUCACGGGAAUGACGUGCGCCGCCUGCUCCACCUCCGUCGAAGGAGCUCUCAUGUCCUUAAAUGGAGUCGUUAAGGCUUCCGUUGCUCUUCUUCAGAAUAAAGCUGAUGUGGUUUUCGAUCCUCACGUGGUCAAGGAUAAAGAUAUUGAGAAUGCCAUAGAAGAUGCAGGAUUUGAGGCAGAGGUUCUAGCUGAACCCAAUGCAUCUCAUGCCAACACAAAUGGAACAGUGUCCGGACAGUUCAUGAUAGGUGGUAUGACAUGUGCAGCAUGUGUAAACUCUGUUGAAGGUAUCCUGAGUAGUCUUCCAGGUGUAAAAAGAGCAGUGGUUGCUUUGGCUACAUCAGUGGGGGAGGUUGAAUAUGAUCCAACUGUUAUCAGUAAAAAUGACAUUGUCAAUGCAAUUGAAGAUGCUGGUUUUGAAGGUUCAUUGAUGCAGAGUAGUGCACAGGAUAAAAUCAUACUAGGAGUUGUUGGAAUUUCUGGUCAAAUGGAUAUGCAAUUGUUAGAAGGCAUUUUGUCUAAGUUGCACGGAGUGAGACACUUUUUUUAUAACCCCACAUCAAGAGAGCUAGAAGUUGUCUUUGAUCCUGAGGUUCUUGGUUCAAGAUCUGUAGUUGAUGGCAUUAAUGGGGGAAGUGGUGGCAAAUUUACAUUACAUGUUAAGAAUCCUUAUACAAGAAUGGCUUCUAGAGAUAUUGAAGAAUCCUCAAGCAUGUUUCGCCUUUUCACAGCAAGCUUAUUGCUUAGUGUUCCUGUACUUCUAAUGCGUGUAGUCUGCCCCCAUAUUCCUUUGAUCUAUGCUAUACUACUUCGACGCUGUGGUCCUUUCAAAAUGGAUGAUUGGCUGAAGUGGGCCUUGGUGACUGUUGUUCAGUUUGUUAUUGGUAAGCGUUUCUAUGUUGCAGCUGGAAGAGCACUUCGAAAUGGCUCAACAAACAUGGAUGUCCUAGUUGUGUUGGGAACUACAGCGUCAUAUGUUUACUCUGUAUGUGCACUACUUUAUGGUGCAAUUGAAGGAUAUUGGCCCCCAACUUACUUUGAAACAAGUGCUAUGUUAAUCACAUUUGUGCUUCUGGGGAAGUACUUGGAGACUCUGGCUAAGGGAAAAACAUCAGAUGCAAUCAAAAAGCUUGUAGAGCUUACACCAGCAACAGCUAUAUUGCUUGCCAAAGACAAAGGUGGAAAAAUUGUAGAAGAAAGAGAAAUAGAUGCAUUGUUGAUUCAACCUGGUGAUAUAUUAAAAGUACUUCCCGGUACAAAAGUUCCUGUUGAUGGUGCAGUUGUAUGGGGCUCAAGCUAUGUCAAUGAGAGUAUGGUCACUGGUGAAUCUGUCCCUGUUUCAAAAGAGAUCAGUUCUUCAGUUAUUGGAGGUACAAUAAAUUUGCAUGGUGUGCUUCACAUACAGACCACCAAAGUUGGGUCUAGCACAGUUUUGAGUCAGAUUAUAUCUCUGGUUGAGACUGCACAGAUGUCAAAAGCGCCUAUUCAGAAGUUUGCCGAUUAUAUUGCAAGCGUUUUUGUUCCUGCAGUUGUUACUCUUUCAUUGCUGACAUUCUUAGGAUGGUAUCUUGCUGGGGCUGUUGGAGCCUAUCCAAAAGAAUGGUUACAUGAAAAUGGCAAUUAUUUUGUUUUUGCACUCAUGUUUGCAAUAUCAGUUGUGGUAAUUGCUUGCCCAUGUGCACUUGGUUUGGCAACCCCAACCGCUGUUAUGGUUGCAACUGGAGUUGGUGCCAAUAAUGGCGUGUUGAUAAAAGGAGGUGAUGCAUUAGAGAGGGCACAGAAGAUUGAACAUGUAAUAUUUGAUAAAACUGGCACUCUAACCCAGGGUAAAGCAACAGUCGCAACUGCAAAAGUUUUCACAGGAAUGGAUAAAGGAGAAUUCCUUACAUUGGUAGCUUCUGCAGAGGCUAGCAGUGAACAUCCAUUGGGUCAAGCAAUAUUGGAAUAUGCCCGCCAUUUCCAUUUCUUUGAUGAACCUUCAAAUACCAAGGUUACACAAAGUCAUGGAGCAAAGUCCAAGUUCUCUGGAUGGCUGCAUGAUGUCUCAGAUUUCUCUGCAUUGCCUGGAAGAGGUGUACAGUGCUUCAUUGGCGGAAAAAAAGUUUUGGUUGGUAACCGGAAGCUGCUGACUGAAAAUGGAAUAAGUAUAUCAAAAGACGUAGAAAAUUUUGUUGUAGAAUUGGAAGAGAGUGCAAAGACUGGCAUUUUGGUGGCCUAUGACAAUGUUGUAAUAGGUGUCAUGGGGAUAUCAGACCCUCUAAAGAGAGAAGCUGCUGUAGUUGUGGAAGGCCUCAUGAAAAUGGGCAUCAAUCCUGUCAUGGUCACUGGCGAUAACUGGAGAACAGCUCGAGCUGUUGCAAAGGAGGUUGGUAUUCAUGAUGUUAGAGCAGAAGUGAUGCCAGCAGGAAAAGCAGACGUAGUCCGCUCAUUCCAGAAGAGAGGAAGUGUCGUCGCAAUGGUGGGCGAUGGCAUCAACGACUCUCCUGCAUUAGCUGCUGCUGACGUCGGGAUGGCAAUCGGGGCCGGAACAGACAUCGCAAUCGAAGCUGCAGACUACAUACUGAUGAGGAGCAACUUGGAGGAUGUGAUUACCGCCAUUGAUCUCUCGAGAAAGACCAUAGCCCGCAUCAGGAUGAACUACGUAUUCGCCAUGGCCUACAACGUGGUUGCCAUCCCUAUAGCUGCAGGGGCGUUCUUUCCUCUGGUAAAAGUGGAGAUGCCGCCGUGGGUGGCUGGUGCAUGCAUGGCCAUGUCUUCUGUUAGUGUUGUGUGCUCUUCUCUGCUUCUCAAGAGAUACAAAAAGCCAAGACUUACCACAAUACUGGAAAUUACUGUAGAGUAGGAUCAUUGGAGCAAAAUUAAUUAUAAAAUGUUGAAAAACACAACAUUAAAAAAAAAAAAAAAAGAUUUGCAUUUUACCCUCAUUCCUUUCUUAGGUACAAAAGGUGUAUUAGUCAGUUGUCUUCCUAAUGUAUAUUUUGUAUCCCUUGUAAAAAAAGAAGAAAUUGAGAACUGAUUGGGAGGAAUUAAGCCUAGCCCAGCAAGAGUUGGCAUUUUUUGAAGUUAAUAAAACAUAAAUAUAGAUUAACUUCGGCUUAA